UUUAGAUUGAAAGGUAUAUUAAAAGUCUUUAAAGAUUCCAAUUUUGUACUUUUGAUGAAUUUUUUUAGAGCGAUAAUUCUUCUUUUUGAUGCUUUACAUUGAUCAUUGAUCAUUGAUCAUUGAAUCAUUGGUGUUGGUUGCAUUGUGUUUUUUGUAAAGGUGUAGGGGUGGUUUAGAUUGGCUAAAGCUCCAUUUUUUUAUGCUAUCUUUUAAAAGAAUAGCACCCUUUAGGGAGAGAAGAAAUAGGGUUAUAGCAUUUGGGUGGUUUUAGAUCUCUUAGAUGUUUAUAGAAGAAAAAGUGUGAGAAUUGAGAGUAGUUUCAGAUGGGAAAUACUUGUCUUACAUUAAGGAAAGAUGGACUCUUUCAAACAAUCUCAAAUGCCAUUUGGUGGCCUCGAACAGCAGAAGUUGCAAAUGAGGAAAAAAAACAAAUCGGCAAUGAAGCUGAUCUGUCUGAAAGUCAAGAGGCAGAAGGUGCUUCUGUUCGAAACCAGCCCCCGGAAGAAAUGAAGAUUGUUAAGGAAGAGACAAGAAGGGAACAACAAGGGAAAUCUCAAGAAGAGAUCCAAAGACAACAAUCAAAGUGUAAUCCUCAAAGACUUAACUCCAAACCAUCACAGCUUGCAACAUAUAACAAGGAAGAGACUAAGUUAGAGCCUGGAAAACGCCGGAAGCCACAUAAUGUUAAGAGGCAGGCAUGUGCAGGGCUGCAGAUAGAGUCAGUGUUGCAAACCAAAACAGGUCAUUUGAAGGAAUACUAUAACUUGGGGAGGAAGCUAGGGCAUGGUCAAUUUGGGACAACUUUUCUUUGUGUGGAGAAAGGUACCGGGAAGGAGUUUGCAUGUAAAUCUAUUGCCAAAAGGAAACUGACAACUCUAGAUGAUGUUGAUGAUGUGAGGAGGGAAAUUCAGAUAAUGCAUCACUUGGCAGGCCACCCUAAUGUUAUCUCCAUCAAAGGGGCUUAUGAGGAUUCUGCGGCAGUUCAUGUUGUCAUGGAGUUGUGUGAAGGGGGAGAACUUUUCGAUAGGAUUGUAAAGAGAGGGCAUUAUACCGAAAGAAAGGCAGCUGAACUAGCAAGGACUAUAGUUGGUGUUGUAGAAACCUGCCACUCCAUGGGAGUAAUGCAUAGGGAUCUUAAGCCUGAAAAUUUUCUUUUUGUGAAUGAGGAGGAGGAUUCACCCCUUAAAGCCAUUGAUUUUGGAUUAUCAAUAUUCUUCAGGCCUGGGGAUAUCUUAUCUGAUGUUGUUGGAAGCCCAUACUAUGUUGCACCUGAUGUUUUGCGCAAACUUUAUGGUCCAGAAGCAGAUGUCUGGAGUGCUGGGGUGAUCAUUUACAUUCUCUUAAGUGGGGUUCCUCCAUUUUGGGGUGAAACUGAACAAGAAAUAUUUGAUGAGGUUUUGCAUGGUGAUCUUGACUUCACAUCUGAUCCCUGGCCUAGUAUUUCUGAAAGUGCAAAAGAUCUAUUGAGGAAAAUGCUUGUCAGAGAUGCCACAAAGCGGAUAACAGCACACGAAGUACUGCGCCAUCCUUGGAUUCAGGUUGAUGGGGUGGCUCCGGACAAGCCACUUGAUUCUGUAGUACUAAGCCGCAUGAAGGAAUUUUCUGCAAUGAACAAGCUCAAGAAAAUGGCCCUUAGAGUCAUUGCACAGAGACUUUCUGAAGAAGAAAUCGCCGGGUUGAAGGAAAUGUUCAAGAUGAUAGACACAGACAAUAGUGGUCAAAUCACCUAUGAAGAACUCAAAACUGGAUUGAAAAGAUUUGGUGCUAAUCUUGCUGAGACAGAAUUCCAUGCACUAAUGCAGGCUGCAGACGUUAAUAAUAGUGGUACAAUUGAUUAUGAAGAGUUCAUAGCUGCAACAUUGCAUCUAAACAAGGUUGAGAGGGAAGAUCAUCUCUUGGCAGCCUUCUCGUAUUUCGACAGAGAUGGCAGUGGCUACAUCACACAAGAUGAGAUUCAAAAAGCUUGUCAAGAAUUUGGCAUUGAAGAUAUCCGCCUGGAUGAAAUGAUGAGAGAAGUUGAUCAGGACAACGAUGGCCGGAUAGAUUACAAUGAAUUUGUAGCCAUGAUGCAGAAAGGCAACCCUGAAUUUGGUAACAAAGGUGGUCAGGGGAAAGGUUUUAGCAUUGGAUUUAGGGAGGUAUUGCCAGUUUGUUGACAAGAAGAUAUAGUCAC